GCAGCGCGGCGGCGCCGGGACCGCGGCGCAGCCCCGGGGACAGGGCUCGGCCCGGCGGCGCCGCCGCCCCCGGGACGGACGCGCCCGCGGCAAGAUGGGCGCCCUGGCCCUGGCCCUGGGGAUUUUCCACUACCUGGGGCUCUACCUGCAGCUCGGCGCCGCCUCCCGGCACCCCCCGUGGGACGCCCCGGCGACGGGCAGCGCCCUCUUCACUGAGACCCCCCACGACAUGACGGCGCAGGCGGGUGAGGAUGUGGAGAUGGCGUGUUCCUUCCGCGGCACCGGCUCCCCCUCCUACUCCCUUGAGAUCCAGUGGUGGUACGUCCGCAACCACAAGGACUGGACGGACAAACAGACGUGGGCUUCCAGCCAGCUGAAAUCAUCACCACCAGAGGAGCCCGGGAAGGACGCAACCAAAAUCAGCGUGGUGAAGGUGGUCGGCAGCAACAUCUCCCACAAGCUGCGGCUGUCGCGGGUGAAGCUGGAGGACGAGGGGACGUACGAGUGCCGGGUGAUCGACUCCAGCGACGGCAAGGCGCGGCACCACAAGGUGAAGGCGUACCUGCGGGUCGAGGCAGCGGGGGGCCCGGGCCACCCCCAGGACACCGAGCUGCGGGGGGCCCCGCUGGCAGAGCUCGCCGCGCCGGGCUCAGCCCACGCACACCACCACCACCACCACCACAAAGCCGGGAGGGAGCUGAAGAAGCGCUCGGCAGACACGUCCUGUGUGCUGUAGGCGGGCGGUGCGGGGGGGACACCGGAGCCCCUCUCCGCCCUGGACUCAGCAGAGCCAUCGAGGGUCCCGCACCCCCUGCCAGAGACUGGCCCCACCACCCCAUCUUGUUCAUCACCCCCCACCACCUCCCUCUCCCACAGGCCGCCGCAGGUUUCUCCCCCCAGCCCUGUGGUGCAGCGGUGCCAGGGCUUGGUGCGGGAGCAGGACUGUGUCCGUGCCAGGGGCGCAUCGCUGGGACUGUGCCCGGGGCCAGGGUGUGUGCCCGCACGUGGUUGGUCCUCAUCCCCACGGCCUGCUGUGGGUGGGCACCCGCUGCUUGAUGCCACCGCAGUGCCGUGGGCUGUGCUGCGCCCGAGCUCUCCACCCAGUGGAGACCCCCCUGCCCACGGUACCUUCCCUGCCCUCCCUUGUGCUUUGCAGAACCAGCCGCCUUUUCCCGUAGGUUGCCCCGUUUAGUUGCUCCGUUCCAGCCCCACAGUGCUUAUCUAAGUUCCAGCCUCCAUCCUACAGCCCGUGUGUAUCUCCCUGCCCUGCCCCUGCCUGCCCCAAAGCCCCCCAGCACGUCAAGGCCUGAGCUCAGCAGAGGAAGGACGGCAUGGCACACUCCUGGCACGCUCCUGGCACACUCGUGAAUCGCUCAGCCAGGCAGCUGCCCGUGCUCCGUGUGUGCCCAGGGAGCCGUGCCAUCGGAGCUGGCCUCUUGCACCCAUCGCUCCUCCUGCCCUUUGCAUUUGAUGGAGGAGAGGGGCUCACCCGCCAGCCCCGCCCGCCCUCCCCCCAUCCCGCUGCCCGUGCCGGCGAGGCUCUCGGCCCCUCCUGCCAGCUGAGCAUCCCUCCCUCCCACGCCACGGCACCACGUCGCCCUGGCCAGGGUCUGGCUCACGGGCUCCUGUGUCGCAGUGCAAAUGGCAGAGCCUGUCCCCAGUGCCCCCUCGGGUGUCCACUGCCACUGGGGACAGAGCUGUGGGGAGGGACAGGGGGGUCCCAAGCCUCCCUGCCCAGGUGCCAGGCACUGCUGCCCUGCCACCCCCCGCCCGUGCCGCCCAGCCUGCCGCCACCAGACCUGCUGCAGCUAAUAAAGCUCUUUAAACAAA